AUGGCCUCUCAAACGACAACCCCUCCCACCAGCAGCCUCCUCCUCAAAGGCGGAACCCUUCUCCUCCACGACGAGCACAACCACGUCGUGCCAACCAAAUCCGACCUCCUCAUCCAGAACAACCUCAUCACCAAGAUCAGUCCCUCAAUCUCCGCCCCUCUUCAAGACCCAGCCACCAGAGUCCUCGACUGCACCGCCAAGAUCAUCUCCCCAGGCUUCAUCUCCACCCACGCCCACCUCUGGCAGACCCAGCUCAAGGGCCUGCACCCCAACCACACCUUGUUCCAGUACCUCCCCUGCGGCUGCCUCGCCGGCUCCCUGUACACCACCGCAGACCUCUUCUGGGGCCAGCUGAGCGGCGCCAUGGAGUCGCUCGACGCCGGCACCACCACCGUCGUCGACCACGCGCACCUCAACCUGGGCCCAGACUACCCGCGCACCGCCGUCCAGGCCCUCGCCACCUCGGGCCUGCGCGCCGUCUACUGCUACGCCCCGUCGCGCCGCGCCGUCUCCUUCAACCCGCUGCAGACGCGCGAGGACGUCACUGACCCGGCCGUGCUGGCGGACUGGAGCGCUCUGGCUGCUGCUGCUGCUGCUGCUGCUGCCGCGCGCACUCAAAAGGAAGAAGCCAAUGGUGACAGAAGCAGUAGUAGUAGCGACAGAGUCAGCGUGGGAUUCGCCAUAGACAGCCUGUUUCUGCCCACCGACAAGCUGAAGGGUAUCUACGCUGCUCUGCGCGCGGGUCCUCACCCUGCCAAGAUCAUCACCAGCCAUGCCGUCGGUGGGCCUGCGUUCGGCAAGGGCAGGCCGUACGCGGUGAGGAUCCUGGGCGAGGCGGGACUGCUGAGGCCGGAUGUGCUGCUGUCGCAUGGGACAGGGCUGCGGGAGGAGGACGUGGGGGUGCUGCGGGAGGGAGGGGCUUUUGUGAGCUCGACGCCUAAUACAGAGAUGCAGAUGGGAAUGGAACCUGUGAGUAUGUGGCGGUCGAUGCUGGAAGGCAGAGUGGGCAGUCUGGGCGUAGACUGCCACUCCUGGGGCACAAGCUACAUGCCGACCCAGAUGAACCUAAUCCUACAGCAGAGACGAGUGUCGAGAGCACAAGAGCUGGGCCGGCUGGAGGAAGGACUGUGGCCGAGACGCGUCGAGGGGACAGCCGAGGAGGCGUUCAACCUAGGCACGAUCGCGGGCGCCAGGGCCGUUGGGAUGGAGAAGGAGGUGGGCACGCUGAAGGAGGGAUACAAGGCCGACAUUGUGGUGUUUGACGGCUCGAGCCCCGGCAUGCUGGCUGCUGCGGCGCAGGAUCCUGUCGCGGCGGUGGUGCUGCAUUCUAGUAUCAGAGAUGUCGAGGUGGUGAUUGUGGAUGGGAUUGUGAGGAAGGAGGGGGGCAGGCUGUGUGAUGUUCGCGUUGAGAAGCCUCUGGAAGGGUUGCAGGAGGAGACUGUUCGUGCUGGCAGGACGAUCUCGUGGCGGGAGGUUGCGGAAGAGACGCUGAAGAGCAGGGACGCUAUCAGGGAGAAGACUCAGAAAAUUGACUUUGGCCCGGCGGAGGAGACUGUUAUGGACUCGUUCCAUCUGAACCGGGCUACAAUGGUUGAGAACUAGCUUUGGAAGUUUAUGGGCAGCUAUCUGAGGUACAUGAACGGAUUGUUAGAUAUUAGUUGUAAUCAUCUCUGCUCACUGUUCUGUUGCUG